AGCAAUUUCUGACGCACAUUCUGAAGCAAAAAUUUUAGAAAACACGUCAAACGCUCAAGAGACUAAUAUGCAUUUAGGACAAGGUCAAGUGCUAUUUCAUAAGCUUGGAAAAGUAAUAAACAUUGAGAAAUGCAUGCAUCCUUUUAUCUAUUAUGCCAUCCAAUUCACAAUCUAUAAUGUCUGAUUUACACUUCCUUUUGUCUGUGCAACAAAGACUGUAAGUCUUUUACAUAUCUGUUUAAAUAUAGCACACGCACAUGUUAUUGAGCUGUGUCGAGGUUUUAAAUGUACCUCAGCCCUCCCAGACAGGUUUGAAAACCAUUGUCACCCAAUCAGGGACCCUCUUUCUAACAGCUAUAUGAUCAUGUCAUAGGUUUUCUAUACCUCCCUCUUCCUCAAACCAUUUUUAAACUCUCACUGACUUUCGCUUGACUAAAUGAGUAAGCAAGUUUCGACUUUCAGAAUGAUCAGCAAGCUGGACAGUGUGCUCAUGACCCAGAAGAAAUUUAUCUUCAAUUAUAAAAAUGUGCGCUGGGCCCGAGGGAGACACGACACGUACCUUUGUUUUGUAGUAAAGAGACGCACCGGCCCUGAUUCCCUCUCUUUUGACUUUGGACACCUGAGAAAUCGCACCGGCUGCCAUGUUGAACUACUCUUCCUACGUCACUUGGGUGCAUUGUGUCCGGGACUGUCGGGAUCCAGUGUGGACGGUGCGAGAAUGUAUUACGCAGUGACCUGGUUCUGCUCCUGGUCGCCCUGCUCAAAAUGCUCUCAACAACUUGCCCACUUCCUGUCGCAGACACCCAAUCUCCGUCUGAGAAUCUUUGUGUCACGCCUUUACUUCUGUGAUGAAGAGGACAGCCAGGAGAGGGAAGGACUGCGACACCUGAAGAGGGCAGGAGUGCAGAUCUCUGUGAUGACUUAUAAGGACUAUUUCUACUGCUGGCAAACAUUUGUUGCACGAAGGGAGAGGAGUUUUAAAGCCUGGGAUGACCUUCACCAAAACUCUGUCCGACUCGUUCGAAAACUCAAUCGGAUUCUGCAGCCCUGCGAGACUGAGGAUCUGAGGGACGGUUUCGCUCUCCUCGGGCUAUGAUCACAAAUAUGAGAUUCGCAAAUCAAUGAACACUGAGAUAUGAACUGAAUGGGAUUAAAAGAAAUGGUGCUGUAGACCUGAGACUUGAAUCCUGUGACUUGAAUCUGACUUAAUUCUUAUCUAGUACUGUAUUGUAUGUAGCAUUAAUAUGAUUAUGUUGGAUGCAAAAUAAAAGCUGUUAUU